CAUCAUGGCUUCUCUCUGCAUCUUCUCGCUGCCCGUGCGAGCCGUGGUGCUGAAGCUGGCGCCGGUGGUGCAGCCGCCGAUCCUGGCCAGGCGGCUGCACGCCGGCGGCCGCAGGCAGACGGCUGUGGUCAUCUCGGGAACGGCACUAGCCAGGCAGAUCCGUGAGGAGGUGCGGAGAGAGCUGGAGGAGUGGAUGUCUCUCGGCAACGUGCGCCCUCAGCUGAGCGUUGUCCUGGUGGGGGAUGACCCUGGCAGCCACACGUACGUGAAGAAUAAGACCAAAGCUGCUGCCUCAGUAGGCAUUACCAGUGAAACCAUUCUACGACCUGCCAGUGUGUCACAGGAAGAACUGAUAGAACUUAUUGAGAGGUUGAACCGGGAUCCAAAGGUCACUGGGCUGCUGGUUCAGCUCCCUCUACCUGACCACAUCGACGAGCGUUCCGUCUGCAAUGCUGUCGCUCCGGAGAAGGACGUGGAUGGGUUUCACGUCAUCAACGUCGGAAGGUUGUGCUUGGAUCAACAGGCAAUUCUCCCGGCCACCCCCGCGGGGGUCUGGGAGAUGAUUAAACGGACGGGGAUCGAGACGUUCGGUAAGAACGUGGUGGUCGUGGGGAGGUCGAAGAAUGUCGGGAUGCCCAUGGCUGUUCUCCUGCACACUGAUGGAAGGCACGAGAGACCCGGUGGCGAUGCCACAGUGACCAUCACGCACAGGUUCACGCCCAAGGAGCAACUGAUGGCUCACACGCUUCUGGCAGAUAUCGUCAUCGUGGGUGCAGGAAUUCCAAAACUGAUUACUGCUGACAUGAUCAAGGAGGGAACGGUUGUAAUAGAUGUCGGCAUCAACCGCGUCCAGGAUCCUGUAACGGGCAAGACCAAGUUGGUGGGAGAUGCUGAUUUUGAAGAGAUCAAGAAGAAGGCGAGUUAUGUUACGCCUGUCCCUGGCGGGGUGGGGCCGAUGACUGUAGCAAUGCUCCUGAAGAACACUCUGAUCGUGGCCAAGAAGUCUGUAACCUACUGAAGACGAGCCCAAGGCAUCAACUGAAGCAGUCCCUCUCCCACCGUGGAGCAUAGUUUAAGUUAUUAUAUAAAAGAUAUUUUUGUUAACUAUAUUUGUAAUUGCUGGAAGCUGUCACACGUGUGAUGUUUAC